AUGGAAGAGCAACUCAUGAUGGAGAGAAGCAGAGAGAAGAUGAUGAUUAAUGAAGAAAGAAAGAUGGUGGUGUGUGUCACGGGAGCCUCUGGCUACAUAGCUUUAUGGCUGGUUAAGCUUUUACUCCAAAAGGGUCAUAUCGUAAAAGAGCAGACAAAAUAUCCAAAUACAACAUUCAGAUGGGUUGAUGUCAGAGAUGUUGCCAAUGUACACAUUUAUGCCUUUGAGAAUUCUUCAGCUUCUGGAAGAUAUUGUUUAGUUGGGUCAGUUGUACGCUCUUCUGAGACUCUGGAGAUUUUGCACAAACUUUUCCCUGAACUCAAGCUUCCUAAAGAAUGCGCAGAUGACAAGCCACACUCGACGAAAUAUCAAGUAUCCAAAAAGAAAGCGGAGAGUCUAGGCGUCAAGUUUACUCCUCUCGACGUAAGUUUGAAGGACACUGUUGAAAGCUUGAAGGAGAAGAACUUAGUUAGCUUUUGACUUGGAUUAUUUUACAUGCUAGUUAGAAACCUGCAACUUAUUUUAUUUAGUCAUUGUUGCUGGCCACAGUUGAGGCCUUCAUGUUUAGGAAGUAAGCACCAGGGGUGAUGUAUGCAGCUGGAAAAAAUAUUA